UGUCACCUUCUCACCUUGUUGCAUCUCACAGAGUGUGAAAACUUGCAUUUCCCACAUUUGUGAGUACAGUGAAGCAGUCUUGACGUUGUGCUGCUAAUCCUAAUGCAGGCAGCCAAGCCCUUGCAGUGACAUGUUGCUGCUCCUCCUUCAUGCAAACUGCUCUCUCUCUCUCUCUCUCUCUCUCUCUCUCUCUCUCUCUCUCUUCUCUGUCUGCGUUUUUGUGCCUGAUCCGACUCGUCCGGACUGCAUUGGAAACUUCUCCACUUUUUUUAGGAACUUUUGUUUUUUCAAGAGUGUCACAUGAUGGCCACUUCCACAGGCUCUCCGCCGUGCCUUUGGCUCAUCAUCCUGGCAGCCGUGCUCCUGCAGAUCCUGGCUGUGGUGGUCAGUUUUGUGUUCUUCAACAGAGUCCUCCACACGAUGCAGGGGGGCAGCGUGACGUCGUGUUUGGCCGACACGAUUCUUCUUCAGUCCGACUACGGUGCUUUAGCGUCGACGGAUGACAAGAGUGACCCCUGCUGGCAAGUGCUGGAACAGCUCCGCUACCACAUUGAGAAGACCAUGUCUGAGCGACUGCAGACGAAGAUAUCUUCAGCGAUGUCCAAUAAGCUGACAGGAGCCCCGCCUUUCCUGAGCGAGGACGCUGUCCUUCCCCGCGUGGCGGCCCACGUCACCGCCACCAUGGCUUCCUCACAGGCACAAGGCGCCAGCAGCAGCAGAGGAUAUCUGGGCGAGCGCGUCACGGCGUGGGAAGGUCGCAGGGGUCAGUCGUUCCUGCAGAACGUGGAACUGAGGGGAGGAGAGCUGCUGGUGCCUCGAGCGGGCCUCUACUACAUCUACGCCCAGACCUACUUCAGACUCACCUCCACCUGGCCCACGGAGGAGGAGGAGGCGGAGGGAGGGGCCAAGGGGGAGGAGCCAGAGGAGCAGGAAGGAGCUCAGCUGGUUCAGUACAUUUACAAGAAGAUGAGUUCCUACACGGCUCCCAUCCUGCUCAUGAAGUCGUCCAGGAGUGCCUGCUGGCCCCGGGGUCAGGAGCCCGGCCUGUUCUCCCUCAACCAGGCGGGCACCGCCUUCCUCCAACCCACGGACCGCCUCUUCAUCACGGUGAGCAACGCCAGCGCCUUGGAGAUGGACGGCAGGGCCAGCUACUUUGGAGCCUUCCUGGUGGGCUAGAAGCUACGAGUAGCUUCCAAGAUGGAGGCCGCCUCGAUAAACAGAACCAGAAGAGCAAGAUGGUCCCAAAGGUUGGAUGGAUUACGGAGCGGAAGACAGGGAAGAAGUUGGGAGUAUCUGUGGCUGUUGACAUUAUGACGUGGGUCACAUGACUCGCUUGAGGUUGACAAGACUCAACGCUCCACACCGCAUAGCUGGAAUGACGUGUGCAGCCAAGCCACUCCAGGGCUCCCCCAGCUGUUCAGACGUGGAACUUACCUUGAAAUACCGGUUGCCAUGGUGACCGGACAGACGCCAUUCUCCUUAUUGUAUUGACUUUUGUAUUUAUUUAAGUGGAUGAUGCACCCACUGAUGAAUUGAGGCAUGGCGUCGAGUAGAGCUACACUAUUAUUUAAGGAAGGGUUUUUCUACCACCGUUGUUAGUAAUCGCCUGUCUUUCUGAUCUGACCAUUUCAUUUAUUCGUUUUCUUCCCUAACAGAUGCAACUAGGGAUUUAACUGUAGCACGGCAUCUAUAAAAGCAGAGACAACCAAUUAAAGAGCUUCCACAAGCAUGCGUAGUGAACACCAACCUGCCUCCAAUGUCGGUCAAAUGUCUUAUUUUACACAUUUAAUGGUAAUUCACACCUCUAUUUGAGGAAUGGCAUUUAUUCAAGGGUUUGAAUGGAGGCAAGGGGUCUCUGAAAGGUGAAGCUCCGUGCAGGGAACUACCGUAUGUUUAGUAGAUGCACUGCUUUUAUUUCGUGGACAGAUCCUAUCAUUUAUUUGAAGCAUGGCACCUACUAGAACGGAGGUCGCUAUUUAAGAAACUUUGUU